GGCCCGACACCGCCCUUUCCUCUUUGGGGAAGAUAACCUCGCUGCAAGCGCGUGGAGUAGGCAAUCUCUGCCUCUCCUCCUCCUGACUCACCGCUGUUCACUCUCUCCGAGGAAUAAGUCGGUCAGGAAGCCGCAUCGCUGCCAUGGCAUUCAAAGACACCGGCAAGGCACCUGUGGAGCCCGAAGUGGCCAUUCACCGAAUUCGAAUCACCCUCACCAGCCGCAACGUGAAAUCCCUGGAAAAGGUAUGUGCUGACCUAAUUAGAGGGGCCAAAGAAAAGAACUUGAAAGUGAAAGGACCUGUUCGAAUGCCCACUAAGACCCUUCGGAUCACAACUAGGAAAACUCCCUGUGGUGAAGGUUCAAAGACAUGGGAUCGGUUCCAGAUGAGAAUUCAUAAACGCCUCAUUGAUUUGCACAGCCCUUCUGAAAUUGUUAAACAGAUUACUUCUAUCAGCAUUGAACCAGGUGUUGAAGUUGAAGUUACCAUUGCAGAUGCCUAAUCAAUUAUCUAUUUUAAUAAAUUGAUUGCAACGAUUA